AUAAUCUUUCCAUUUUAAUAGUAACAUUUUGUUGGUAUGGCUAUAUUGAAUAGUUCAGGAAAAACUACAUUGUUUCAUUGAUACAGUCUUUUAUUCCAAAUUCUGAGAAAGGUAACUUCUCAAAGGUUGAUGUAUCACAUAUCUGUCUAAGGCACCUGAUAUGCAUUAUACAUGUGAUCAUGUGACCUGUAUUGUCAACAUUAAAGUAGAAAAAGACACUGCUAAUGUCAUUGUGAGAAGGAGAGCAAUAGUGAACAAUGACGUUUAUAGCUAAGACUUUUUAUGAUCUGCGUGCGACUACACUGGAAGGGGAAACAAUAGAUUUCAAUAUUUUCAGAGGAAGAGUGGUGCUAAUUGAGAAUGUGGCAUCACUUUGAGGGACAACCACCCGGGACUAUAGCCAGCUUAAUGAGCUCCAGAGCAGGUACCCUCACCGGCUUGUGGUCCUGGGCUUUCCCUGCAACCAGUUUGGAUACCAGGAGAACGGUUCUGACGCAGAAAUUCUAAAUUCCUUGAAAUAUGUACGUCCAGGUGAAGGGUAUAAGCCUGCAUUCACCAUUUUUGAGAAGUGCAUUGUAAAUGGGAGUGAUGCACAUCCUGUCUUUUCUUACUUGAAAGACAAGCUUCCUUAUCCAGAUGAUGACCCUAUGUCAUUCAUGCAGGAACCUAAAUAUCUGGUCUGGAACCCUAUCUGUCGGAAUGAUAUUUCAUGGAAUUUUGAAAAAUUUCUUAUUGGACCAGAGGGUGAGCCCUUCAAGAGAUACAGUAAAAGGUUUCAAACUAUCAAUAUUGAACCAGACAUUCAAAGACUUCUGAAACUGACCAAGAACUAAUUGAAAACAAGUUAACUGAUCAUGUUUCAUAUUUAGUUAUGUGUUAACUCAAUGUGACAAUAUUGGCAAUGAUUUUUAAUUCACAUUAUCUUCCAUGUUAGCAACAUUGUGGCAUCAUCUUAAUUUCUUUUAUAUUACUUAAUGAGAGUGACACACCAAAAUGUAACAGGGUUUUACUUGAGAUUGUAAAUAUGAAAGAAUUAUGGAAGGUGCCAUUAAAAAAAUCUCUGCAAUGGAAGUACCUUAAUAAAAUAUUGAUCAACA